AUGGACAGAAAGGCAACAAUGCGGUCGUCGGCCUUGACUACCCAGACGAUGAAGGGAUGGCCGCAAGGGUACAUUCCAAUAGCCAUUCACACAGUGGAUGACGACACUGAUUAUGUUGUAAAUACUGAGGCUAUUUGUGAACGACGAGAAAUCUUAUGGAGCAUGGCGAAAAGUUCAAAGAAGUUGCAAGCAUUCCAAAGGAGGCCGGACGUGAGCUUAGUUUUAUUUCCAAUGUUGGUGGAUUUGCUUAUCAGAGAAAAACUUUCUAUCCCGACGAAGCUUUGGAUGGAGACUCAGAUUGCUACUCUUCUUGCAAAUUUGACCAAAUGGUGCGGUGAAACUAUCAACAUAGACAAUCUCUGGAUAGUAAGGGACGCCUGA